ACCAAACAAUAUUUUCUCUUUUUGGCAACAAUCGAUGAUUUAAAAUGUUUUUUGUUUACAAAAAGUGAUGUGUGUUCAUGACGGAAGAUGUCGUGGUUUACGGAGAUAGCCGGAAAGGCGGAGGACUUGCUGAACAAGGUGGAUCAGACUGCGGCGACAGCCCUCCAGAACAAGACAAAGACCCAUUCCUAUAGCCAGAACAAUCUGUAUUAUCCAUCUGCAGGUGACAGAGAACCAGGCCACUCCUCAGCCCUCUCAUAUUCUCCUUCUCGAAGAAUCCCCACUUCUCCUCCUCGCCCUCUGGGGGCCACAAAGACCUACGUCUCUGCAUCAACAACACCAGGAAAGAAACCAGAAAGUGACGAUGAGAAGCUCCUCAGGUAUUUGAACUGCGCUGAAGCCCUCCCCCCUCCAGAAAGCAAACCCAGAAUGAAGGAAAGUGUGAAUAAAGUAGCGGACGAUGUUCCUGUGAGUUUCGUUGAAGAGAUGGUGUCUAUCGACACUGAAGCCAUUGAACAAAAACCUCAUCAGAUUCCUAAAAAAGAGGAUAAAACUUCUGAUAUAGUUACACAACAGGUAGCAGAUGACGGAUUGCAAAAACCUCUAGUAGACACUUUGGAUCACGCACCUUCUCAGGAUAUUCUUCCAGAGUCCAAUGUUCCAGUCUCUGCUGAUGAUCAAGAUCUUCAACUGGCGCAGAAAAGGGCACAUCAUGCAGAAGCUGAAAUGAAAAGAAUGGUAAAAAAACUGGACCACUGGAAUUCGCAAAUCUCUGGCAAUGACAAGGUCGUUCGUGAGCUGAGGGAACGCGAGAAGGACAUGGCAGCAGCCAUGGAUGCCAAGGACUCCCAGCUGGCAAUCCUCAAAGUUCGACUGCAAGAAGCAGAUCAGGAGCUCUAUCUGAAGAGGAGUGUUAUCGAGGAGUUGAAAGCCGAAAAUGAAAGGUUGAUUCGAGAGCAUGCCGAAAGUGCCACUCUGCAGAACGGCACUCUCGGUGCUUUACAAGAUCAGUUGCAGCAGGUUGAAGCUGAGUUGAAUAAAGCAAAAGAUGCUCUGCAACAGUCCCAGAAUGAACACAUGCAGCAAAGAAGCAAAAUGGAAGAGGAACACAGACAUCUCGUCGAUAGUUAUUCUUCCUUACAGAAAAAGUGGAAUGAUAUGAACGAGAGGAACAAAGAAUUAGUGUCUCAGUUGAAAAGUGCCAAUGGAAAUUUUGACACCCUGCAGCAAGAGUACAAUGAUUACAAACAGAAAGCUCAGAGAAUCCUUCAGUCCAAGGAGAAGCUCAUUAGCAGCCUGAAAGAUGGGAACUAUGACCUUGAGAGUGCAGAAUCUUCUUCCGCGGUGUCGAAUGCGGAGGUGGAGGUGGUGAAGCAGGAGAGGGAUCUCUUGAGGGAAGAGUUGAGGCGGGCCAAUGAGCUCACAGACACCUACCGCUCGGAGAUUCAGGAGCUGGAAAAGAUCUCCCAGAAUGAACUCGCCUCUGCUGAGCAGAGGUGCAGGCUGCUCAAGGAGCAGCUGGAAAUGGAGAAAGUGCUCAAGGAAGAGCUGCAAGGGGUGAACAAUCAGUUUAAGGAGGAAGUUCAGCUUUUAAAAGAAGACUUAACGAGGACCAAAACCACUUUCCAAAGUCGCUUACAAGAUCGUGAAAUUGAGAUAGAAAAACUCAGGCGACAGUUGACAGCAAAAUCUUUGAGCACAGUAAGCCAAGAUGAACUGGAGUCCCGACUCCAUGCCCUGACAGAAAACCUGAUCCAGAAACAGACUGUCGUAGAAGCCCUGAGCACUGAAAAGAACUCCCUGGUAUUGCAGUUGGAAAGAAUGGAGCAACAAUUAAGAGAAGCGCAGAACUAUGGAUUUCAUCAACACACCUAUGUGGGAAUGAACAACAAUGAGUCAGACAGGAAAGCCAAGGCAGUGUUUCUGGAAAAUCCAUUUGACAGUGCAUUGACAAGGAGAGUUAAAAGAGUCUACGGAAGCAUAGAUUCACUCAGUAUACGGUUAGGAGUUUUUUUCCGGAGGUAUCCCAUUUCAAGAGUGUUUGUUUUUGUUUAUAUGUUACUCCUCCACUUCUGGGUGAUGGUUGUGCUCCUGACGUAUGAACCAGAGAUCCAUCACUCAUCCCCAGGAAACGUGAACCGGAGAUGAAAUGCUGCAUUAUAUUUAUUAUUUGUUAGCUUUUUAGAUUGUUUAUUAUUAAAGAUGUUAUUUUUUGCAAA